AUGGCCUCUGCAAAUGACACCACCCGGCAGGCACCCAAAGAUGCCGCCGACCAGAAUGUUGACUACAUGUUCAAGCUGCUGAUCAUCGGCAACAGCAGCGUAGGCAAGACGUCGUUCCUCUUCCGAUAUGCCGACGACUCCUUCACCUCGGCCUUUGUCAGUACUGUGGGCAUCGACUUCAAGGUCAAGACUGUCUACAGGAACGACAAGAGAGUCAAGCUGCAGAUCUGGGACACAGCCGGCCAAGAACGAUAUCGGACGAUAACAACAGCCUAUUACAGGGGAGCCAUGGGCUUCUUACUCAUGUACGAUAUUUCCAACCAGGAGUCUUUCAGUGCUGUACAAGACUGGGCAACUCAGAUCAAGACUUACUCGUGGGACAAUGCGCAAGUGAUUCUAGUCGGGAACAAGUGCGACCUGGAGGAUGACCGAGUCAUACCCACUGAGGACGGCAAGAGGCUGGCGGAUGAGCUAGGUUUUGAAUUCUUUGAGGCCAGUGCGAAGGACAACAUCAACGUCAAGCAAGUCUUUGAGCGCUUGGUGGACAUAAUCUGCGAGAAGAUGAACGAGAGCCUGGACGCCAGCCCUGGCAUGGCCAGCAACAAUCACAAGAACACUGCCCUGAAUGAGACCCCACCUGCACAGUCCAGCAGUUGCUCUUGCUAGAAAGGACUCUGCCCACCCCUUGGGACCCUGUAGCAAUU